CGCGGGCUAGAGCGGCCGGCCCAGCUCGUUUGCUCGCGGCUAGAGCGUCGUCUCCGCGGGAGCCGCGUGUGACCUUCCCGCCCGCUCAGCGAUGCUGCCGGCGGCCGCCUGCCGCCUGUGGCGGCCGCGCCUCGGGCUUCCGGCCGUGGUGCUCAGCAUCUCCAGGCCGCAGGUGCCCUGUGUGUGUGCCGCGCGGCAGAUGAGGAGCAGCAGCCACCGAAGGGGCGAGGCGCUCGCCGGUGCACCCCUGGAUAACGCCCCCAAGGAGUACCCACCCAAGAUCCAGCAGCUGGUGCAGGACAUCGCCAGCCUCACGCUCCUGGAGAUCUCAGACCUCAACGAGCUCCUGAAGAAAACGCUGAAGAUCCAGGACGUGGGUCUCACACCUCUGGGUGGCAUGAUGCCCGGUACCGUCCCUGCCGCCGCAGCCCCUGAGGUGGCAGAAGACCUUCCCACACAGAAAGAACGGACACACUUUACCGUCCGCCUGACAGAGGCAAAGCCUGUGGACAAAGUGAAGCUGAUCAAGGAGAUCAAGAACUACAUCCAGGGCAUCAACCUCGUCCAGGCCAAGAAACUGGUGGAGUCCCUGCCCCAGGAGAUCAAAGCUAACGUCGCCAAAGCCGAGGCGGAGAAGAUCAAGGCAGCCCUGGAAGCGGUGGGAGGCACCGUGGUUCUGGAGUGACCCCCGCUCUGAGGACUUGUGGACUGGGGUCCCGGGGGCCACCUGCCGCCCCAGCACUGAGCUCCCGGGCAAGCCGAGCCCCGGCAGGCGCCUGCGGCCAGUGCCAUCCGGGAGGGGGACAAGGACGGUCUCCUGUGUGGGAGGGAGGGGCUGCCCCGGCCUGGUGAGGGGCGCCGAGUGGAUCCGGAACUUGCCUAGCUAACGUGGCCUUCUGUGCUGCGGAGGAAAAUACACGGUUCGGGACGU